CUAUAAAAUGCCUGCUAUUCGUCUUGUUUUUAUUGGACUGAAUCUCAUUGCAGAAUGAAAACUAGGAUAGCAAAAUAAAAGCCCGCCCUGGUACACUAUGUCAACCGCGUUGUCUCGCCAAAAAGCAGUCAACUAGAGAUACAGCCAACACGUGUAAAUAGCUGAGGGAAAGCCUGUAGACAAAACACAUAAGGACUUUUACUUUGUCAACCUUCCGUAUCUCGUUAGCAUUGGAGCUAAUCGUCCCGCGUGUGGUCCCUGUAGAUCGUGAAGCUGAUCAAGGCGUCCAAGGAGCACCCCAUCACGCUGGCCAUCGGGGACGGGGCCAACGACGUCAGCAUGAUCCUGGAGGCCCACGUGGGCAUCGGCAUCAUGGGUAAGGAGGGUCGGCAGGCGGCCAGGAACAGCGACUACGCCAUCCCAAAGUUCAAGCACCUGAAGAAGAUGCUGCUGGUGCACGGUCACUACUAUUACAUCCGCAUCUCCGAGCUGGUGCAGUACUUCUUCUACAAGAACGUGUGUUUCAUCUUCCCCCAGUUCCUCUAUCAGUUCUUCUGUGGCUUCUCGCAACAGCCUCUGUACGACACGGCCUACCUGACGCUGUACAACAUCAGCUUCACCUCGCUGCCCAUCCUGCUCUACAGUCUGAUGGAGCAGCACAUCAACAUAGACAUCCUGAGGAAGGACCCCACCCUCUACAGGGAUAUCUCAAAGAACUGCCUGCUGCGCUGGCCCAUCUUCAUCUACUGGACCCUCCUGGGCGUGUACGACGCCAUGGUCAUGUUCUUCGGUGCUUACUUCCUGUUUGACAACACCACCUUCACAAGCAAUGGACAGCUAAUGACAUCCAACACACAGAUGAUGUUUGGAAACUGGACCUUCGGGACCCUGGUCUUCACUGUGUUGGUCUUCACUGUUACGUUUAAGUUGGUCCUGGAUACACACUACUGGACCUGGAUCAACCACUUUGUGAUCUGGGGCUCGCUCAUCUUCUUUGUGGUCUUCUCCCUGCUGUGGGGGGGUAUCAUCUGGCCCUUCCUGAACUACCAGAGGAUGUACUACGUGUUCAUGCAGAUGCUGUCCAGCGGGCCGGCCUGGCUCAGCAUCAUCCUGCUGAUCACGGCCGGUCUGCUGCCCGACGUGGUGAAGAAGGUGAUCUGCAGGGCCCUGUGGCCCACCACCACCGAGCGCAUCCAGAACGCCGACAGGCUGUACCGGGGGCAGCUCUCGGAGUUCUCCCCCCUGGCCUCCCUCCGCGGGGGGCAGCAGGACGCCGCCCCGCCGGCCCCGCCCCACCCCCGCAGGUCUGCUCUCGACUCUCCGUUCACCUCAGAGAAGAAGCUCAUGUUCACACGCUGGCGCCCCAGGCCCGACUACCCCUCCUUCCCCCCGCUGCUACGAUUCGCCGGCCUCUCCCGGGGAGGGGGCGGGGCUAAGGGCCGAGGGGGCGGGGCCUAUGGUAGCACAGGGCCCGAGACACCAGUCUAGUUUUUUUUUGUUUGCAUUGCCUUGGACCUUAACUUAUUUUUUUUUAUGGUAUAUGUCGAAAAGUUAUACAUACCUAUAUGAAGAGGCGUUCUGGGUGUAGGGGUGAGGUACAUUGACGCAGUUGUCGCCGCUUUUCCCUGGUGCAGAAAUCUCAGGGUGCACGCGUACACACACACACACACACACACACACACACACACACACACACACACACACACACACACACACACACACACACCCCUUCCUCAAAUCGAAGGCAAAGCGUUCCUAUUUCAGACGGCUUCUUCUAAGGCCGUUUGGUGAUGUCACAGCGAACAAAAAGCUAGAAACCAAAUCCCACUGAGGAACCACCGUCUCCAUCGACGAUCAGAGACCCUUCCCGUCACCCUGAACGGUCCGUCAGUACUGAUCGUGCUUUGGUUAACCCGCGUGCAUUAAGUCACAGCAAAGACGAUGAUGCAACGAAAUAAGAUGCUGUAUGAUGACACGUAGUGGUGAUGAGAAAUGUGUCGGGGUUAUGAUUAAGGUCCCUGCCUGCAUGUGUUCAUUUUGUUUUCUGACCUUUACGUUUUCUUUUAAUACCUCUUUUCUUUUUCCAAACACUCCUACAACCUACACCUUCCUAUCUGUCUACUCCUUCCUUCCCUCUUCUCUCUCCCUCUCUGUUUCCAUGUCUCUCUCUCUGUAUAGGACUAACUGGUGUUGCCUGUGUGCAAACCUUCUGUCCAGAAAUACUCCAUAGUGGGAACCGGCGAUACAGCGUCACUGUAAGGAGGGAGCGGUGGAGUAGUGGCCGGUCUGGUGUCUGAGUGGGAGGAGACGGCUGUUUGUUUUGCACUUGUUAAGGUCCUAGCUGUCAAGUGGUCUUCGGGAAGCUCAGAGCUUCGAUAAACCUCGAAUUUGGCGAUAAACCCUUGCUUGUGACCUGCAGUAACUUCAAAAGAUCGGGUUUGAAGGCCGACGUGGAUCACAGCCUCUUGGCCUACAUGUAAUCAUUAACCAUGCCUCAUGUAACGUGCAUUACAUACGAGUAUUUGCCAGCAUCGCAGCUGUAAGAUAGCACACUGAGGAGCGCAUACGUAACCUGAAUAUAUUGCUACAAGAAUUAUUGUCAAAAUAAAAGAUUUAGUAAGAUUGUAUUGUAUAGUAACUAGCAAUAAGCCAUAUUACUUUUUUUUUUACUUAAUAUCUUCAGGAAUACCCAAUUAUUGUAAUCAGUGUCUUUUGGACACAUGGGCAUACAUAUAUUAUAUUCUUAUAUAGUAUAUAGUAAAUACAUAGAGUAUAUUAUGAUAUUAUUACUGUCAAUUAGCGAGUCCUUCAUUCUCUGUCCUCUGAAUGGAAAACAAAAGUUCUCCCAACACUCAGACUGCACCCUGUAUCCUGUGGUUGUUCCUGUACAUAGUUUGGAGUCUGGUAGGAUAGAGUAGUGAUGUACUACCUAGAUUGAGAUGUGUAUUUGUGUAGUGCGCGUUUGUUUGCGUCAGUUGUGUGACGUUUAGGCAGCGUGUGUCCGUGUGGGGAAUCGCUUGAUGUCUUUAUGAACUUUUGCACUUUACAAAACACUUCAUACGUUUGUUUCGGACAACUUUGUUUUCAGCGUACAUGUUGAAGCUUCCGAAUUUUCUUAACCGCUACUGAGUGUUUGUGAGGACAAACGACGAGAAUGCACAAAACACAAGCGGUUCAGCCACGCAAGGACUCCCUUCGCCUUUCCCUUUGCCUUAACACCAGCUAGCUAGCGCGCAGCCCUCUACGUCACAACACCUGAUCACAGCAGGUGGUCCCGCGAUGUUAACGGAGAUUUGAGAACGGCAUUAUCACUGUUACAGGAUGAAUGCUCUUUUUAUGAUCAGGGAUGCAAUUUUACUAUUUCUUUGAUUUCUGUGACUGUUCAAUUAUAUUUAAAAAAAACAAACAGAUGAAGAUUUAUGUUUGGCUUGGCCGCAUUUUGUAAACAUUAUCCCCCUCACACAUCCGUCAAUCACUUUCAAUGCCAGACCUUGCUAAGUUCGGUCCAUUUGUGAUCUCACAAAUUGUCCCAUUAGUGAAAAUGUGCUGUUGUUCUUUAGCUGGGGCUGUAAGUCUGAAUCACAGAGGUCAGCAUCACAGUGACCAACAGUUCCACACACAGAACGAUCUACCAGGGUCCACGUUGUGACACUGGCGUGAGGAGGCGUUGACAAUAAAACGAGGGCAACACUAUUGCUUUGGGAGUGGGUGGUUCGGGAGCAGCAGCACAAAAAGCCUAGCAGCACAAAGCACAAUGUUUUUUAGGAGGCCUUUGUUUUUUGACACAGGGUCUUGUGCUGCGUUGAGGAGUUAGUUGUACAUGUAGUGUGGUGUCAUACAAACGAACAAACACAUAUUGAGUGGCGGUCCAAUAGAGCGGCCUUAAAGGUGUAGUCCCCAAAUGGCUGAGCUUGUUUUGCUCCUGUUUCAUUAUCUCCUGUUGCUUUAUCUUCCUAAUACUACUGCCUCUUCCUUCAUCGCUCUUCCUCCUCUCAGAGAGCCUUCUCUUUGUUUCUUAAUGUUGUCUCUACUUUUUCUCUUCCCUUUCUUUCUUUUGUUUUUUUCAAAAGAAAGAACCGAAGAAAAAAACCCUUCGCAUUGCUCCACAUUGUCUACCUCACCACCCUGUUCUUUGGCGCAGCCUGCAUCUCCACCUGACUUGACCGUCAUGUCUUCGGCCAUGCCCUCCCCUCCUCUGCCCAUCCAUCCAUCCAUCCAUCCAUCCAUCCAUCCAUCCAUCCAUCCAUCCAUCCAUCCAUCCAUCCAUCCAUCCAUCCAUCCA